CAGCCUCAUACAGCACAGCAUGUCUGAUGGGGAGGAGCAUCUGGACCGUCUGCAGCAGGCGGAGCUCACUCGAACCACCUGCAUGUCUCUGUGGAGGGCAGGGGCCGUCCAGGCCUGGAUGGAGGUCGUCAUGGGGAUGCCCAUGUACAUCCAAGCCUGUUCUGAAAAUGUCAAAAGUGGAAAGGUGCUGCUAGGUCUGACUGAUGAGGAUUUGGAGCUUGGUCUGAGCAUCGGUAAUCCCAUUCAUCGCAGGAAAAUAAGAUUGGCCAUUGAGGAUUACAGGAGAGCUGAAGGGGAGCAGGGGCUCUCCAAAGCAUCUGAGAUGGACCACCACUGGGUCUCCACAUCCUGGCUGAGUGACGUGGGUCUUCCUCAGUACUGCCAAACCUUCCAGACCCACUUAGUGGACGGACGAGUGUUGAACUCGCUCAGCCGCAGGGAUCUGGAGAAAUUCCUUAACAUCAGCGACUACUUCCACCAAACCAGCAUUCUGCUGGCGAUCCAGCUGCUGCAGAUGCUAGGCUUUGACAAGGAGGCCCUGCAGACACGGCGGACAAAAUGUGAGAACCAGAACUGGGACCCGAUCGUUUGGACGUGUCACCGAGUGAUGAAAUGGAUCCGAGACAUAGACCUAGAGGAGUUUUCUGACAAUCUUCAGGGUAAAGGGAUCCACGGGGCGGUGAUUGCUCUGGACCAGUCCUUCGACACCGAGGCCUUCGCUAAAGCUCUGGGGAUCCCCAGCAACAAACACAUGCUGCAGAGACAUCUGUUUGAGGAAAUUAAGUUACUCUCUGUCCCAUUCAGUAAUGCAGAGCGGAGUGCUGACGCUUCGCCUAUGGCUGGUAGCCGCUUUGCUGAUGAGCGAGUUUCCAUCAGAAGAUUAGGAAAGAGCCCUCUAAAGUUACGAGCAAACAGCCACUCAGUGGAGCGCGUUCUGGGGCUCCACAGCAGCUGUGGAUCUUUACCUCGAGAGGCCCGAGUCCAGGCCAUCCCUCGUGCCAAAGGAAGCCCCGUGCACACGUUCAAGAGCGUGGAAAUCACCAACGUGUGAACUGGGCAUGGAGAUCUCCAUUAAUAUUAUUAUAUUUUAUUAUUGCAGCUGUUUACUGCUGGAUGUUUUCCUUAAGGCUGAUUUAGUGUUUAGGACCAACAAUAAGGCCUGAUGUAGCUGCUCUAAAUAUGUUAGAGGAUAAUGUUGUUGUUAAAUUAAAUGAAAAGUUACGACUGAGUUUUGCACUUACAUUUUAGGGAAGAUUGUUUAUGAACAGAAUAAAAUACUGUAUUUAGAGCUUUGUUGAUGCCUUAUCUAAAACUAGUAAACAUGCUGGUUUACGGAGUUUCCUGCACAUGUUAAGCAGACUGGAUGCUUUUACAGCAGAUAGGGUCAGCGUCCUACUCUUCAAACAUGCGUAACUCAAAAACUUACACAGGAUGUUAAAAGAAAAGGUUAGUGUGUUUUAGUUGCCUAAAACACAAGUAAUUUAAACCAAGUUUUAACAAUGAAAUUAUUAGAAAAUAGAUUUAAUCAUUUUUAACCCUCCCACUGUCCUAAUGGGUGUGACCCCACGAGGAAAGUUGGCAAUUGAGCAGCAUUGAUGGUUUAUCCCUUGGGUCCACGUGGCAGGGGUGAGGAGUGAGCACCACCUCACCCCUGCCACAUGGACCACAAGGGAUAAACCAUCAAUGCUGCUCAAUGGCCAACUUUCCUCACGGGGUCACCUAUAAAGACAGUGAGAGGGUUAACUGUAAAGUUUUUAAAAAGUAAAAUAUUUUUGUCACUUAUUAGGUUUUAAAAUAAUGCAAAGAUUCAACUGAAGUUUUUUAAAUGUAGAAAAAUACAAGUAUAAAGGAAACUCAAAUGCAGAAAUUAAAAUAGUUCUAAUACAUUUUUAAAUUGCCAGAGAGCAGGAAAGGUUUUUGAAAAAGCCCCGAAAUAUCAAACAUCCACCAGAUAAAUCAAACUGGACACCAUGAAAACAGGUAGGACUUUUUGUUUUAUUUUACUUAACCGGACAAGGGGAUUGAGAACAUAUUCUCAUUUAGGACAAUCUGAGUCAGAAGACCGCAGCAACAGACCCAUAACUAUUUGUGUGCAUCUACAUCCAGGAUGAAAAAAAUAGAUAUUUCUGUACAGAAUGACUAAAAUUUAGGAAUUAAACCGACAUCAAUUCAUGUGUAAAAUUAUGCCCGAUAAAUAUUUUAAGAGUUAAAUUAAUUUAUUCUUAGAAAUGUUUUAAAUAUAUAAAAAUGAAGAAAUUGUGAAUUAAAGCUAACUACUGUUUUUUUUUACUGAAAUGUAAAGUAUAAUUAAGUAAUAUCCUCUUUAAUGUGUAGAAAAACAACUAAAUACUGAGGUGUGAAGGAUAAAACGUCUAAAACUGAAUGUUCUUUAUAUGUUUUAAUAAUUGCCGCACAGCUUUUGUAUCAGGAAACCGACUGGGGAACUUUGUGUGUGUGUAAUGUACAGUUUUUGUUUUAUACGGCUCAACUGUAAAAACAAGAAGAGAAGAAUGCUUGUUGUUCCUGAGCAUGAAACAUAUCAAAUACGUCAACUGACUGAGUCACUCUGUGAAAACUGAAGCCUUCACUCACUGGAUGAAACCAGUUUGGUGGCCGUGUCCCUCUGGGCGUCUUCCUCAGAGCUGAACCAGGAAGAUCGGACCUGUUCGAACCAGUAGAAGAGGAGAAAAAUACAUAGAUAUUAAUAACAGGAACUCACUUUCACUGAUGUGUGUACGUUAAAGGUGGGGUUACAGCUUCAGCUUGUACAUGUUGUUUUUAAGGAAAAUGCAUAAAAAUUUGUGUUAAACUGAAAAUAAAAACAAACGUGAUCCAA